AGCAGUAGAUUUCAGAGGGGAUUGGAGGAAAAACAAGAGGGGGAGAGAAUGUGACAACUGCCGGUUUGGGUGGCUGCCUUGGGGAGGCCUCGUGCACCUGUCCCUGCCCGUCCGCCUCCGGUCAGCGGCGGCGGCGGCCCCGUUGCAAGCAGGAGGGAGCUCCGUUGCAAGCAGGAGGGAGCUCCGUUGCAAGCAGGAGGGAGCUCCGUUGCAAGCAGGAGGGAGCUCCGCUGCAAGCAGGAGCUCCGCUGCAAGCAGGAGGGAGCCCCGCUGCAAGCACGAGCCCCGGCCCCGUUGCAGCCCCAGCUGCGGAAUCAGCCCAGCCCGGGGACCCGUCUCCUGCCCGCCGGCGCCGCCCGGACCAUGACUUCUUCCUUCAAGCUGGAUUUUCUCCCCGAGAUGAUGGUCGACGGCCGCUUGCUCGUGUCCGACCGAAUUAACGGCACAGCCAGCAAGAUGAACGGAGCUUUGGAUCACUCAGACCAACCAGAUCCAGAUGCCAUUAAGAUGUUUGUCGGGCAGAUCCCCCGGUCGUGGUCGGAAAAAGAGCUAAAAGAACUUUUUGAGCCCUACGGAGCUGUCUACCAGAUUAACGUCCUCCGAGAUCGGAGUCAGAAUCCUCCCCAAAGUAAAGGUUGUUGUUUCGUAACAUUUUAUACAAGAAAAGCUGCACUUGAGGCACAGAAUGCACUGCACAAUAUUAAAACUUUACCUGGGAUGCAUCAUCCCAUUCAGAUGAAGCCUGCCGAUAGUGAAAAGUCAAAUGCUGUGGAAGACAGAAAAUUGUUCAUAGGAAUGGUUUCGAAGAAAUGUAAUGAGAAUGAUAUCAGGGUGAUGUUUUCUCCAUUUGGCCAGAUAGAAGAAUGCCGAAUCCUCCGGGGACCCGACGGGCUGAGCCGAGGCUGUGCGUUUGUCACAUUUUCUACAAGGGCAAUGGCACAGAAUGCAAUCAAAGCCAUGCAUCAGUCUCAGACCAUGGAGGGCUGCUCUUCACCGAUCGUGGUGAAGUUUGCCGACACCCAGAAGGACAAGGAGCAGCGGCGUCUCCAGCAGCAACUUGCCCAACAGAUGCAACAGCUUAACACUGCCACCUGGGGGAACCUGACAGGCUUGGGGGGACUCACCCCACAGUACCUGGCGCUCCUGCAGCAGGCAACUUCCUCCAGUAACCUGGGUGCAUUCAGCGGCAUUCAACAAAUGGCUGGCAUGAACGCUUUACAGCUCCAGAACCUGGCAACGUUAGCUGCUGCCGCAGCCGCCGCUCAAACCUCAGCUACUACCACCAAUGCAAAUCCUCUCUCCACAACGAGUAGUGCGCUGGGAGCCCUCACAAGUCCCGUGGCUGCUUCAACUCCCAAUUCCACUGCUGGGGCGGCUAUGAAUUCAUUGACCUCUCUGGGGACUCUCCAAGGAUUGGCGGGAGCUACUGUUGGACUGAAUAAUAUUAAUGCACUAGCAGUUGCUCAAAUGCUCUCAGGUAUGGCGGCUCUGAACGGAGGACUUGGCGCCACGGGCCUGACGAACGGCACGGCCGGUACGAUGGAUGCCCUCACCCAAGCCUACUCAGGAAUCCAGCAGUAUGCGGCAGCUGCCCUGCCCACGCUGUACAGCCAGAGCUUGUUGCAGCAGCAGAGCGCGGCCGGCAGUCAGAAAGAAGGUCCAGAAGGAGCAAACCUCUUUAUUUACCACCUUCCCCAGGAGUUCGGAGACCAGGACAUUUUGCAGAUGUUCAUGCCUUUUGGAAAUGUUAUCUCUGCUAAAGUCUUCAUUGACAAACAGACCAAUCUGAGCAAGUGCUUUGGUUUUGUUAGCUACGACAAUCCCGUCUCUGCACAAGCUGCUAUCCAAGCUAUGAAUGGCUUUCAGAUUGGCAUGAAACGCUUGAAGGUCCAGCUGAAGCGCUCCAAAAAUGACAGCAAACCUUACUGAUCUUAACCCCAGAUGCUCACUGCUCUUAUUUUAGCUUUUUUAGGGUAAGUCCCAUGAGCCGACCUGUUGAGUCUCAGCAGGGAGGCGAGAGAGGACCACAUUGCCAACUUUCACCAAGAGAGACAGUUAUUUUUACAUUAAGCCUCCCUUCCCCGUCCCGCCCACCUCCCCAACACUCCAUUAUUAAAAUUUGGGUUACCUUUUUCCUACCGAGUAAAUUCCUCCAGUCGUGCUACUGUAUUCUCUUUUAUUUUGCCGCUUUAUCUCCUCGUUUUCUUUUUUUUUAAAAAAAAAAAAGACACACAAACACACACAGACAAAAAAAAAAGGUGUCACCUUGAGAAUCUAAAAGACAUACUCUAAUGUGCAAUUUAACUCUGAAAUCACUGGUGCCAUGUGAGCACUUCAAGGGGAGUAAAUGGCUGCUGAGCAGGACACCAGCAGUUUAGAAGUUACUGUGGUGGCCGAGAGUGAAAGUAAAGCCAAGAGAAGCACUUAUUUCUAAACCAACAAAAAGUCUUUCCACUACAUUGGUUUACUUAAGAAGGAUUUUAUUUUAGGGUUCAAAGAGACAUGACAUUUAUGGGUCAGAUAUUACACUGGUUGUCUUUAUUUUGCUAUUGUUUUUAUUUUAGUUUUAGUUUUUAGAAAGGAUUAAUGUAAAAAAGAUUUAGAGAUCUGUUUCUUAAAGCUACAGGGUUUAAAAAAAUAAAAUAAAAAUGAGUGAGAAUACUUGAUGUUUCUUGAAAGAUAAAUUUAAUAAUAAUAAUAAAUACAUAAAUAAAAAGAAAGCCACAGGCCUGUAAAUUUUAUUUGUAAAAAAAGCAUUUCUAUUUUUAUACAAAAUUUUUACUGCCUCAGAAAUAAUGGAAGUUAUUUAUUGCCUAUUGUUAACUUAUUGGAUACCUAAAGAGCAGUCUCUGUGCUAGCUAGAUCCUUUUGAAGUAGUCUCUAGAGUAAUCGGAGCAGGAAUGGGCCUUUUUUCACCGUUGAACCCUAGACCUAAAGUUCAUGCUUUAUCCUCUUGUUGUUUGUAUUUGUCUGGUUAUUUUGUUCGUAGUUUCCAUUACCUAGUUUAAAGUUCGGUUGUCUUGCCUUUCCCCUUAUGUCACAUUUGUUGAAACUGGUUCCUUUCCCCACCUCCCUCCCCUCACCCCAAAACCACCCGAAUCCAUCCCCUCUGUGCUCUCUCUGGAUGGAUUCCCUUGGGGUCUCAUUGUGCUGUGGACAAAGAUUGUUAGAAAUGCAAAUUAUGUGAACGGCUCCUAGGCUCCUCAAGAUGUGAGAUUUGCAUUAGUUUUCCUCUGCACCCAUGAAAGUGAUUUUGUUUCUGCUGCAUAGAUUCUGUGUAACUUUUUACUCUUCCUGUUUUUUCCCUAGACAUCUUCAUGCCCGUUAGUUCAUCGUUUGCCUAGCAUGUCCCUGUGGCGUCUCAAAAAAAAGUUUCAUCGUCCCGUCAUUGUUUCUGAUGUCUUUCUGACCUCACAUCAUAUUUGGUUCUCCUACUGACCUUUGACCUAGUUUGACCUUUGAAAUUUGCAUGACCUCAUCUAGCUAUGAAUUCUGGGAAGUCAAUGUGAAAAAUAUUGCUGCAUUCAUGCAAGACUGAAAUUUAUUAUUAGACAAAUUAAUUAUAGAGAAAAAAACCUGUGGCAAAAAUGUUUCUUUAUUUCUUAUUUUUUUUUCUUUUCAUAAAACAGACUUGAAAGUAUUAUACAGGGAUUGGCAUUCUUCCCGGUCACUGGUAACAAUAGCAAUAUGUGUCCAGGGACACAGAAUGUUGGUUUCUAACAGACUACUUCCAAAAACAGUUUGAGAAAAAAAACUGUCUGAUUUUAAGUCUCUAGAGGUCUGUAAUAGUUUUUACAUUUUUCAGGCAGUGUAAAGUUUUUUGAUAAGGCCAUUUUAGGUGGCUCACUUUCUCAUUAAAAUAUAUAUAUAGAACCACUUUUUGUAGAUUAGUAUAAAAAAUAUUUACCCUGUUUUGGGGCAAAUGCUACCUAUUUGUGUCACCUUUUGCUGAACUGACUCACAGUUAGACAAUCCAUGGUUUAAUGCACAUGAAAUUACCUAUAUUUUAUACUGUUUCAAUGUACAGGAGAAAGGUUACUGUAAACCGUGUUACGUUGGUGCUUCUGUGAAUUAAGUUGUGGUUUCAUCAUGAGUCUUAUGGUCCUAAGUGUUCUAUGUUGAUAAGACAAGUUUAAAAAUUGGUUUACUUGAACAAAACAAAAAAAAAAAAGUUUCAAAAAAAAGUUGUUUGCUUAAAAAAAUUUUCAUGUGAAAAAAAGAACCUAUUCCAGAAUAAGUUUUGUGUUGGCUUGUGAAGCAUUGAUGUCAUUUUUUUUUAUUGUGGACAAUUUAGAUGUGUUUGUGUUCAGCAAAAUGUGAUCUGUUUUUUUCUUUUAAAGGAAAAAAAAACAGUGAAAAUAUAUAGUGCCAAAUUCCAAAGGUACUUCCUUCCUAGAGCUUCAGUGUGUUUCUUGUGAGAAGUAAUUUGAUAACAUGGGUAUUUUAUUAUGUGUUUUGUAUAAAUCCCUAAUAUUUAAAAAGAGGUUAAAAAGUUUGUUAACUUGCUAUCCUGUGGUCUUGUUGCCUGAAAUUGUUAUUGUUUGUUAUUUCUCUUUGAUGUUUUUUGUAAGACAUUGUAUAAGUGCCCAUGUUUCACUUUUUUAACCACUCUGCACAUCGAUGCUGUGAAGGCAAACCUCACAAUGUAUUUUCUUCAUAAUAUAUGGAAACCUCUAAGGUGAGAAAGUUUUGAACUUUUAACCCUUUCUACCCAGAGCUGUCUUGAAUGUUGAUAUCUUUUAUACAUUUAUCAUUUUUCCUGGGGUUCUUUUUUGCCAUAGAUCCCGCCUUGUUUAUGGUCUCUUUAAUUCACGGUUGGAAGCCCCAAAUGCACAGGGCAGAUUUGAAGGACAAAAACAUUUUUCCACUCUCUAAAUUCCUUACCCCCCCCCCCCCAGCACCCCCUUUCUGAAGAGCCCUGUGUUUCAUCUUGGCUCAAAGAGCUCUUAAGGUGCUGCUGAAAGAAGCUUCUCAGUAUUUACUAAACACAGAGCUCAGUGCAGCACCUGAUGAAAUCUUAAAAACCCAGUAUGCUUUUGGAGUCAGGUACAGUAGUGCUUCCUGGCUGGGAACUUUUGAAUGUGCAGUGCAGUUUGAACUAUUAUUUUUUUUUUCUGGAUAAAGUUUACAAUAGGCUGACGGGCUGGGGGAGGGAGUCUCUGACCUGCCAGUAACAACUGUGCAAGCAAGGUGCCCGGAUUAGAAGCGAGUAGUCCUUUCACUGCCUUUUUCUGUUCGUUCGUUGGAUUUGAAUGCAUUUCAGAGACUGCACAAGUGAAACUUGCUUCUUCAUUACUGUCAAUCAAAACCGUUUGCCAAUCAAAUACCUAUCAGCAUUACCCGCUACUGUUUUUUUAAAAGUGCCAUAUUUCUCUGCACAGUCAUGUAGAAAAAAGAUCAUGUAAGGUCUGAAAAAAAAUGAAUGCCAUUAAAAAAAAGCAAAACAAAAAAAAACAAUCAAAGCCCUCUGCAAACAGGUCAUUGAAAUCUUGUGGUGCAGUUUGGUUUCCUUCUCUCUUUCCUAUCCUCCCUUCCCUCCACUCUCUCCCCACCUGCUUCCUUUGGUUAAUGUGUGUGGAUGUGAAAGCCCUGGGUUGAAAAGGACUAGUCUGUAAUGAUGCAAAAAAGUUUCCUUCUUAUAGCACAUGCACUUAUAACUAAAUGAUUUUUAUUCUCCUCACACGUGUUUACUACUGCUGAGGCCUUCCUUCAUCCUUCGAGGGCUAUUUUGUACUUCCUGCAGCAAUCUGCUUAUGAACAAAAAGUUAUCACACCUAUGUCUCUCUCAUAUAUAUAUUAUAUACUGUAUAGGUAUAUAUACAUAUAUAUAUGAGCAAAAGAGAGCAUCAUUUGAAUCUCUUAGACUGUUUCACUCAGAAUCUUCUCAUUUGUCAACCACGUAAAUUUCCAAAGUUUUUUUAGUUGUUUUUUUUUUUUCCAGAUUGCUUCCACAUCAUAAUUUACCUCCUUCCCCUCUUCCCACCCUCUCAUCUACCGGAGUGGAUUGAACUCAGUUCAGUAGGAGGUUUAGGGUGAGGUCUUUUAUUUGAGCAUUUCUGAUUUAGCAGGCAAGCAAGACAGUACAUUGCAUGGGAAAGUUUGGCCCCCUUUUUUUUUAAUUUGUUGUCAUUAUUAAGCAAGUUAUACUCCCUCUUUAGAGACAGAUUAGCUCCAGAUCCCUCUGACACUAUGAAAAAGCAAAGCUGCAAGAGGGUAAAGGGCCCUAGGCCAGAAGAAAAUGGGGAAAAAAAGCCACAGGGCAAUUGCUGAAAGAAAAAAAAUCAGUCAUUUUAAAACUGAAUUAGAGAUUUGCAAUGAAACGGCAGUCCUCAAAGGCAUAAGUUCAUCUUUCUUUCACCGUAGGGGUUCUAGUUCUUUGGCUUGUGCAACUCUGGAAUCAUUUUACUGUUUCUGUUUUUAUUAUCUUAAGUGCUAACGAACAAGGAAAAAAAAAUCUGUAGUUUCAUUACCUUUUUGGAUAAUGUCAUACAAAAAAAUGUAUUUGUGUUUUUUUUGUGCUGUGAGAAUUGUUGUUUGUAGACUAAUAAUACAAUCAUUUUGUUUGGAAUUACAAAAUAGUUUUUAAGUAUUGUCUGAGAAAAGCCAAAGUUAAUGCAACCUAGUGGAAAACUGUAAGACCAUUUGAGUAUUGUUUCUGUUUUAUUGGUGCAUUUGGAUUUUGUUGUUUGAUGGAAUUUGAGCCAAAAAACAAACAAACAAAGCGCAGGCUUUCCUAUUUCUACACCUGAUUGUACUUAUGCAUUUUGUACCAGUGGAACUUUUUAUACUGGAGAUUAAAAACAAUGGAAAUUUUUGAGGGUCACUCGAGUGAGCCCCAACCACGACUGAUUUCGAGUUUGAUUUCUGGUUGGUAGAAAGAAAGUUGGUUUUCUUUUGAGAAUUAAAAACUUUGGCUUGAUUUCUUUUUUUCCCUUUGCUUAUAUCUAGCGUUAGAAUUUUGUCUAAAAAAAGCGGUAAGUUUCACUUUUUAUUCUGUAUUGUGCAGUUACACAAUAAGGUAAUUAGAUUAGGAGUACUCAGUCACUUUAAGUGGAUAAAUGUAUUAGUUAAAACUUUAGGGGUUUGCUUUUUUGCUGUUUAGAUCAAAGUUUUUUCUGAUUCUUCUGUCCUCAUUGUGAACAUAACCGUGUAGUUGAAACAGUCAAACUUAUUUUUGUAACGUAUGUUAUUGUGUGAUGCAGUUUUUUGCUUCUGUCUCCAAUAUUAAACCAUUUUCCUAAUA